GCUGGAUGGAUGCUGAUUUCCUCUGUGCUGCUGAACGUCUGCGUUCUGCUGCAGCUUUGUGCUGCUCAAAAGAGCUGCAGGGGGAGAUGUGGAGAACCAUUCUCACGUGGGCAGAUUUGUACCUGCGAUGAUGACUGUCUCACUUACAAUGAAUGCUGCAAGGAUUACGAGGAAGUCUGUACCUCCCGUGGCUCAUGCAAGGGUCGAUGCCGAGAAGCUUUCAGGAGAGGGAGGGAGUGUGAGUGUGACCCUGACUGCACCCUCUACAACUCCUGCUGUCUGGACUACAGCACACACUGUGGUGUGUAUUUAUCUUGUCCCGAUGGCACUUUCAGAUCAGCAAUUCCUCUACACGCUCCUGAUGCUAGUGCAGAUGGAGGCAGUGUUGUGGAGCGAGUGCCACUUACUCAAGAUCUGGCAUCACCUCCUGCUACUGAUGCUAAUAUUUACCUCCCUCUUUUUGCAGGCCCAUCCCAUGCUGAAGCUUCCUCUCCUGCAGAACCCUUCACAGAUGGAAAUGGGAACAUCCAGGUUUCUGUGUCCUUCAGUGGUCCAGUGAGUGGAGACCCAAAUCAAACCUCUGAUGUAUCUGAGCCAUCUCCUGGAAGGCCAAGCACACUGGCAGACAUAGCUCAGGCAUUAGAGACUGCCAAUACAGCAGAACAGCCACAAGACCAAAUCUCUGGCCCUGACCUAUGCAGUGGCCUCCCGAUCAGCGGCGUGACCUCACCGUUCAACGGCUCCAUCAUUGUUUUCCAAGGUCAUUUCUUCUUUUUCCUGGACCCCAAGACCAGAGCAGCUGGUCCUGCUCAUAAUAUUACAGCAGAUCUGGGCAUUCCUUCUCCUAUCGACACGGCUUUUACUCGCUGCAACUGCGAGGGCAAGACCUACAUUAUCAAGGAUGAUAACUACUGGAGUUUUCAGAACGGUGUGAUGGAGUCUGGCUACCCCAGGUCUGUGUCUAAGGACUUUGGAGGGCUUUCUGGAAGUAUUGUUGCUGCUCUCCCCAUCCCUGCCACAAGGAACAGGCCUGAGACCAUUUAUUUCUUUAAGAAAGGCGGUACAGUGCGGAAACUAACCUACCCUGGUAGUGGCCCGACCUGCACUGGGAAGAAAGGAAAGAACCCUGCAUCUGCUAAGAAUCAUCAACCAGUCCGUCUAUCUGGAGAGAUCAACAUUGCACUUAAGUGGAAAGGAUUCCCCACUCCAGUGACCUCUGCUUUGUCCAUGCCCAACUCACGAAAAACUGAUGGGUUUGAACACUACGUCUUCUCCUGGCGUAAGUCUGCUUUUACCCACCCAGCAUUCCAAAGCUGGCUGUUCCAGGCUAAAUGUAAACCUUGCUAAGCAUGUUAAGUGACAACUUCUAACAUAGAAAAAAUAAACUCUGGAAAUUUGGACCCCCUGUACAUCGAAUUCUUAAAAUCAAUGUAGAAUAUUUGAAUGAAGAUGAAAACAUGUUCACACAAUGGUGUCCAAUUUGUGCUUUAGUUUGUUUUUAUACUCUUUUACCCCGUCCCCCUUUUCUAUAAAUAAUAAAGAAAAUGUUUCUUCUGUAGUUUUGA